CUUGAACUUUCUAUCAUUUCCGGUACUGAUGGUUUAUUAACUUUUGACGAAUUCUGAUUUAUUACUAAAUUGUAUUUCGCGUUUUCUUGUUUGACAGGCCAUGGAUAAAUGUCAUAGUAAUGUGAAUGGCUUGACUAAGAUAGUACAGUAGUGAAAGUGCAGUAUCGUCUCAUUUGAUUUUAAAGAACCAUUUCAAUUUUCUGAGAAAAACAGAAAAUAGUUUUUCUCUGUUUGUGUGUGGAAUUUAUCAAUAAUGGCACAGAGUAAAAUACACGAAGAAGAAGACAGACGUUCUUGUUGGGUGUGUUUCGCCACAGAUGAAGAUGAUAGAGAAGCCUCAUGGGUAAGGCCAUGUCGAUGUAAAGGUACAACUAAAUGGGUUCAUCAGAGUUGUUUACAAAGAUGGAUUGAUGAGAAACAGAAAGGCAAUAGUACAACAAAAGUUGUCUGUCCACAGUGUAAUGCCGAAUAUUUAAUUAUUUUCCCAAGACUAGGACCAGUAGUUUAUAUAAUGGAUAUAGCUGACAAGAUAAUUUAUAAAACUUGUCCAUUUGUUGCUGGAGGUAUAUUUAUUGGAUCUGUUUAUUGGACGGCUGUUACAUAUGGUGCGGUUACUGUCAUGCAGGUACUAGGUCAUAAAGAAGGGUUAAAUGUGAUGGAAAGAGCUGAUCCUCUUUUUCUGCUCAUAGGACUUCCAACAAUACCCGUAAUGUUAAUACUAGGAAAAAUGGUCCGUUGGGAGGAUUAUGUUUUAAGAUUAUGGAGAAAACAUUCAGCUAAGCUUCCACUGUUACAUUAUUUAUUUCCUGAUGAAUUUUCACGUUACACUCGUGUACCAGCAGAUACAGUACCUCUAUCUGAUCCAAUAUGUGCUACUAGAGUGUUAUGUGGUGCUUUAAUUCUACCAACUAUUGCUACUAUUGUAGGAAAAUUAAUGUUUGGUUCUGUACAGUCAAAUUUUCAGAGAACUUUACUAGGUGGAAUAGCAUUUAUAGCAAUUAAAGGUGUCUUAAAGAUAUAUUAUAGACAACAGCAGUAUUUUAGACAAGCAAACCGUGUUAUACUUGAUUUCCCUGAAGAAUCAAUAAAUCCGCCCCAGACAUCGGAAUCACACUAGGUCAUAUAUCAGAUUAUCUAUAUAAGGUAGACUUUAUGAUUGUGUUUAAUAAAGAGGAAAAUAUCAUUUUAGAAUACAAUAAAAAUAAUAGCACGAGAAAGGGUGAAGAAGGUUUUAAAAGAAUUAAGUGUUCAGUUUCUAAAUGCCGUAUAAACUGUACAAUAUAGAUGUUCUUUGUUUUCUCACUAAAUUAAUCAUCACUUUUAUUUAACGAAUCCUAUUUUUAAACGAAAAUUUAUUAUUCUAAAAAAAUUGCUUCAGAUCUUAAACUAUGUACUUGUAUACGACAUGAUAUAGAAUACAAAAUUAUUGAUGUAGAUGUAUUGAAGCUAUGUUAGGAUCAGUAUAUGUAAUUAUUAUUCCAUUUUGUUAGUAUGAAUUUUAAAAUCACCUUUAGUUGAAGUCACAACUCUGGGAGGGCAUUAGGUGUAAUUGUUUGUACAAGACUUCCUUCGUGAAGAUUUUUAACCUGUGAAUUGCAUGAUAAACUAUAUAUAUAUAUAAUAACCUGUACCAGAGAGGUAGAGUUUUUACAUGCCUAGAAUCAUCACUCUACAUUAGGGGAAAAUGGUUACAGUAAUGAUUUAAUUGAAUAUGAUCGGUGCUGAGGUGUUGUUUUGGUAAUAAUAAUGUAAAAUUGGUAAUGUUAUUUAUGUAAAAAUACAUUUUGUUGAACAUAAUCCUUUAGUAACAUUUAAUGAUUGGAAUCCUUUAGUAACAUUUAAUGAUUGGAAUCAUAACACAACUAACACAGUUAUAUGGGACAGCAACCACUGGUUUAUUAUACACAUACAUGACGUUUCGAUAAGUGUAAUUUUUAUACGCCCACAAUUUCAUGUGGAUGUAUUAUUAUGGCCCCUGAUUGUACGAAAAAUCGCAUUUUUAGCUUGUGAAUUCUCUAGAGGUUACAAUUUUUUUCCGAUUUUAAAAACGAUUUAAAUAUAUCACCAUUCCACCAUAAUGACGGUUAAAUUCGAAUUUUGUGAAAAUCGAAAUGAAACUGCCUGACAAAAUGGCCGUUCUUUGUACGCAAAUUGUGUAAAAGUAUGUAAUACGAAGGUUGUGGACCCUCUAGAGGUCACAAUUUUUAUCCAAUUUUGAUGAAACUUAAAACAUAUGUUUAUAACCAAAAGAUCUCAGUCUCUUUUGAUAUUUGUGCAUUUCAGACCAUAAUUUUCUUGAUUAGGAGAUACAGGUAUCUAUGAUCGCUCAGAGGCAUAUGCCUUAAGUAGCAUAUACCUUAAAAAGGAUAUACCUUAGUAAAAGUCAGUGGCACCACUCUCACCUAACGGAUCUUUACAAUAUUACAUACGCAGCAUAAUGUUUUAGAUUCAUACAUCUAAACCUGAUAGAAUUUUAAUGAUUGAAUAUUAGCAAGCUUUAGUGUAAUCGGCUGAUUAAUGUAAUAUUUAUUUGGAAAACUGGGAAAUAAGAUUAUGUCUACAUUUAGUUAUCAUUUAUAUAAGUGUCACUAUAAAUAUUUAGAGUAUUAAUAAUUAAAGAUUUAUUUGUGAAUGAAAGGUAAUAUAUAAUAUUUGAAAAAUAGCCCUCCAAUAAGACUGAAAGACUGGAAUUUAUGUUAGUCAAAGAGAUAUGUUUAUUAUAAAUCAGGGAAAGCUAUAUUGUUCAUAUAUUUGUUCUGAUACAUGGAAUCUGGAUCGGAAGGUUGUGUUGUCUAAUGCAUGCACUUUGGUUCAUAAGGUCUGUCAUUGAGUCAAGUGACAUGGUUUCGAUUCCUGGUUUGUACGCAUCAAAGAGUAGGGUUGCAGGCCUAACCUUGUUGGUUUCUUCAAGUACUUCAGGUUUCCUCCCACGGCUAAAGACCCCUACAGCCUGUGUGUAAGCAAAUUAUUCAAAUAAAAAUGUACCCUUUGUUAGUAUAAAUCGGUCAAAUUUGUUUGUUUCGUGUGUUUAAAUUAACUGUUAGUCUUGUUUCUACCCUUUCCAAGUGACAGUUGUCAGUUCUGAUUCCACCAGUAAUAUUAUUAACUCAAUCUUUAAUUUAGUGUUCAGUUUAAAUGGAGGUGACAAUAAAAUUUUAAGAAAUUGAUUAUAGUAGCCAUGUAUAGAAAUCUGUGAACCAUCUCCUUUAAAGGCUCAAUACCACUCUUGUUGUAACUGAAUAAUAUGUCCCAAUCUUUAUUCUGGUCAACAAAUUGUACUAUUUUAGAAUAUUUCAAUUAAUUGAUGAUACAAAUUUCAUCUUAACACACCUUAUUUAAAAAUUUUGAAAAAUUCAACAUAAUGGUUUGAAAUGUCUAACGUAAACCUUUUCAAAUGAAACUUCGAUUUAAAAAUAUUUUCGAACCCUCUGGACAAGUAAAAUAGGAUGUAAUGGAUAAUUUACACAACAGGUAGGACACUUAAACAUCUAGUACUUAGAUAGAGAUAUUAUUUAUUUUCUGGAGCUUUCAAGCCAGCAAGAGUGUUAUUGUCCCUUUAAAGUACCUUUCUUCUUUAGCUGGCCAUUGAAAAGGCCUUACACAAAUUAAAACAGUUUGACUCUGGAGAAAAAAAAUUAUUUUUGGAGAAAAAAAAUUAUUUUUGGAGAAAAAUGGCACUCAUUUAUACCACAUGACAGGAAAUAAUGUCUCAUUAUAAAUCAAAAAAGCACAGAUGUCACUUGUACUUAAAGUUUGAAAAUAAAAUGCUAUUAAUAAAACAUGUUUCUAGAAUAUACAACAGAUGUUUUUGUAUUAAAUAUUAGGUAUAUGUUGUAGAUAGUAUACAUAUGUACAUGUAUUUACUGGUAGUAAGAUUAUAUAUGUAAUACAAUAAACGAUGAUAUUAAUAUUAUUACCGGUAUAUAGAAAUAUGGUGUAUUGUCAUGGCCAUUACAGAAUUUGCUAUUUCGUUUAGAAAUCACAUUUACAGAACCUUGUUCAUUGGUUUUAAAAAGAAAUUACAAAAUAACUUUUUACUGUUAGGCCUCUGACCAUUGUACGACCAUGUAUUAUGUAGAGCAAUUCAAUUUUAUCAGAAUUUGUUAUUUCCAAUUAUAGAUCUCAGAGGGAUAUCCUGCCAAUUUAUUUAAUUAGCACAUCAGAUUAAUAUGUUUUGAUUCAGGAACUGGGAUCAAUGCACUGCUUAUCUUGUUGUUCUUUUUCUGGCCGGCGACACUUUUCGAAAACAGCCUAAUUCUCCGCCAAUUCAAGUACGAUUGACAAAAAACUUGGAACAAUUGUCUAUACCGGUAAAACUAUUGUACUUGUUAUUUUUCACAAAUAUUAAAAAGUUCUUUCUCUUUUAAUGCAGACAGAUUGUAAAUUUGUAACUUUAAAGUAUGAAAUUGAAUACUGGAAUCUUUCAUUUGGGUCAAAAUAAAAUUAUUGACUUCCUUUGAUGUUAUAUGCUCUACAGACCUAAAAUGAGAUCUAAUCCUGUUUGUCGUCGACUGUCAGCAAAAAUUUUAACUAAAUUAAGCUAAUUCCCUCUUAAUAUUUAGAAACAAAAGUUUAAACGUAUUUUAUUGCAAAUAAUUUGAAAAGGAUAUUAGGACAAUUUAUAGAAAUUAUGACACUCUUUUCAACAAUAAUCGAAAUAACAGAUGGGUUCAACCUAAUUCAUCACUUUGCUUUUACUUAAAGCGGUAUAGCUCCUUUAAUGUUUAUUUCUAUUUUGAUGUUAAAAAGUAAAAGUACAAUACAGAAUCUUGGUGGUAACAGUACUAGUAUAUAUGUUAGUAAAUACUCAAGUCAUUUAGUCAACUACUAGAGUCAUAUUCUCCAAAUGGUUUAAAGUUUGUUUGUGAUUUGUGUUUAAAAAGCCCUAAUAUAUUCGUAACUAGUCAUUACUACCAGUACAUAUUUAUUUGAAAACAUUAUUUUCCAAAAUGGGAUAAAUUUUUGUCCUCGAUCAACACACAAAGUUUUGAGGGAAAAGUCUCAUGCCAAAGAUGCACAGAUAUUAAAAUGUUUAGUAAAUUAUAGUUAAAAGUAAUGUUUAGUAAACUAUUUCUUUUAUUUCCAGAAAUAUUGCCCCGUUUUUGCCCCAGAGAAUUUGAAAUUGGUUUGUCUUGUUUGGAAAUUAUCUGUGGUAUAUCUUGUAAAUAUCUUUUUGUAAAUUAAUGUUGAAAGUUUAUUUUAAUAUAAGUUUGUAAAUAUAUUAUAAAAUAAAUAGAUAAAUACAGUUUUUAAUUGA